AUGAUUCGAAGCCCGUUAUUGGAAGAAUUCAGAAAUAACAAGAGCCGAAAAUACGAAAUCAAGGAUAUUGUAUAUCAUAUUGUUGAGUUUAGUGGUGAUCAGCAUGGUUCGCGAUUCAUUCAACAAAAGUUGGAGACGGCCACCAGCGAUGAGAAGCAGCUCGUAUUUGAAGAGAUUCUGCCCAACUGCCUGCAACUAAUGACAGACGUGUUUGGUAACUACGUUAUCCAAAAAUUUUUUGAACACGGAAAUCAAGCCCAGAAAACCAUUCUCGCCAAGCACAUGGAAGGUCAUGUUCUGUCGUUGUCCUUGCAAAUGUACGGCUGUCGCGUGGUUCAAAAGGCUCUUGAACACGUUCUCAUCGAUCAACAAGCUGCCUUGAUUCGAGAACUUGAAGGCAACGUCUUGAAAUGUGUCAAAGAUCAGAACGGUAACCACGUCGUUCAAAAGGCCAUUGAGCGUGUCCCGCCGCAGCACAUCCAAUUUAUCAUUGACACAUUCAAGGGUCAAGUCUACACGCUUGCCACACAUCCGUACGGCUGUCGUGUCAUUCAGCGCAUGUUCGAGCACUGCUCCGAUAAACAAACCAAUCAUUUAUUGGAUGAGCUUCAUCAUUGCUCGGCGCAGCUGAUUCAAGAUCAGUACGGCAACUAUGUCAUUCAGCAUAUUCUCGAACACGGAAAACCAAAAGACCGCGAGUUGAUUAUUAGCAAAGUGCGCGGCCAGUGUCUACCACUCAGCAAGCAUAAAUUCGCCAGCAAUGUCGUGGAAAAAUGUGUUGCUUUUGGAUGUAAAAACGAUCGUCAAGCCUUGAUCGAUGAAGUGCUUCAGAUUCGUACUGAUGGAACCUAUUCCCUCAUGUCUAUGAUGAAAGAUCAGUAUGCAAAUUAUGUGGUUCAAAAAAUGCUCGACGUUGUGGAUGGCGAACAAAGAGAGCUUCUGGUGUCCAAAAUCAAGCCUCAUCUUCCUGGAUUGAAGAAAUAUACAUAUGGCAAACAUCUCAUUAAUAGUAAGUAG